CUGUAUUGUGGCUGUCACUUCUGUCGUUAAGUACAGAGAGGUCGUAGUCUCAAGCAGGUAGAUCAUUAAAUGGUUUUGGAGAGUUCGCGAGCGUAAUUCACACUUUUGGGGUCAUGAUGGAGAUUGAGGACGGAAAACCAUUGUACGAGCGGAGAUUUGAUGCCGCUGUCAAAGUGAUACAAAGCUUGCCUCCAGACGGUUCCUUUCAGCCCUCCAAUGACAUGAUGCUCAAGUUUUACAGUUAUUACAAACAGUCCACACUAGGACCCUGCAACACACCCAGACCUGGAUUCUGGGACCCCAUGGGCAAAGUCAAAUGGGAUGCAUGGAAUGAUCUGGGAGAAAUGCCCAAGGAAGAGGCAAUGAUUGCUUAUGUUGAUGAAUUGAAACUGAUCCUUGAGGGCAUGCCCUGCACAACUGAGGUAGAGCAGCUGCUGCUGGUGUUGGGCCCCUUCUAUGAGCAGGUGCAAGAGAAAAAACACAUAAAUCAGGUUUCCGACCUGUCUGCAGCCCGUUUGACAAAAUUUGCACGGCAACUUCAAGGUUUUGGGACCAUGAUUACAUCAGCACCUUCAAAAAGUGUCACAAGGAGCAUCAUUAGGACAAUGGAAAUGAAUGGCACUUUGGAGACACGGCCACCCAGGCCGGCGGGUGAGCCUCCAAAACCCAAAGUCAUGGCAGUGAAGGAACAGGGAGAGGAAGAGGAGUUUGAUGAGGAAGAUGAAGUAGAAGAAAUUGCUGAGAUCAAGGAGGUGAAAAAGGCAACUGAAAAGUCGAAGAGAAAGGGCUCAUCCAGGAGACCUAAAGUCCCCCUGUCCGAAGGUAAUGUGAGGAACGGGACGAGCCACUUUUCCAAUGGGACCUCCAAGGCUGCGCUGAACAGUGAGGACUCAGAGGGCCUCUUGAACAGCACCCUGCCCCUGGAGCCCCAUGUCCAGGUCAACGGCCACCACGCAGAUCUGGAUGUAUCCUGGCCCCGUCAUGUGGCCAGUGACUCAGACAGCGAGGUCUACUGUGACUCUAUGGACCAGUUUGGACUGGAAGAGGGCUCUGAGGCACACACUGACCGCUGUCUGGAGCUGGAUGAGGAAGAGCAGGGGGAGAGCCACAGCCCUCUGUCCGAUCAGGAGGGGCCCGCCGAGGCACCGUGUGGGACCCCUGAGGACUCCCAGGGGCCACCCAAGGGCAUCCAGUGUGGCGGGGAGGAUGGGGAGACGAGUGGAGGGGCCUCUCAGAGACAGAGACUGAAUACAGAUAGGGUCGAUAGGAGAGAACGAGGCUCCAGGUCUUCAGGGCACGGCGUGGAGGCCCAGGGGCCCUUGCAGGGUAGCGGAGGGGACGGGGAGCGAUGGGGUGGAGCGGGAGCAACAGGAGGCAGUCUGAAUGAGCAGAUCGUAGUGGCGCUGGCCAGACUGCAGGAGGACAUGCAGAGUGUCCUGGAGAGAUUGCACACACUCGAGGCCCUCACUGCAUCCCAGUCAUUGGCUCUACCAUACCCACCGUCACCCCUGGUAAAGAAGGGAAGUAAGAAACCAUCCUGGUGGCCUUUUGACGUGUCUCCUAGCGCUGUUGCCUUUGCUGUGGCUUGGCCUUUUGUGGUGCAGUGGCUUAUCCGUCUAUAUCUUCAACGCAAGAGAAGACGAAUCAACUGAAAAGUCUCCCGUCCCAAAGACACAGAGCGACGAUGAGAGCCCUCUCAACAGUCUCUGGUUGGGUAACGGCCGUAGCCUCCCUUCCGCUUUCCCACCCACACCUCUAUAACUCUAGCUUUUGCACUAUGAAGAUGGCACUAGGAGUAGUGAGUUGGGGGAAGCCUCCGAACCCACUGAGUAGUGACUUGGGGGAAGUCUCCGAACCCACUGAGUAGUGAGUUGGGGGAAGCCUCCGAACCCACUGAGUAGUGAGUUGGGGGAAGCCUCCGAACCCACUGAGUAGUGAGUUGGGGGAAGUCUCCGAACCCACUGAGUAGUGAGUUGGGGGAAGCCUCCGAACCCACUGAUAUUACAAUUGAAAUCAAAAGAGAAAUGUGAAUGAAUUGAACUGCAGCUUUUAUAAUCACGCAAGAUUAUACAACUACUGUACUACAUUAGUACUUUCUUUUUGCUCUGAAGAAAUGACGAUGAUUUAACUUGGGCAGGUAAAGUUAUUGGUUGUGUAUGUUGAGUAUAGCUUCUUUUCUUGCAAAUAUUCCGUACAUCUUACGGCACGGAUCGGCAACUUUGAUGGGGGUGUGUUCCAAGAAGAAGACAAAAAAAAUCAAACUCUCCUUUUUAGCGGUUCGUCUCCAGACAGCGAAGAAGAAAAAAAAAUGAUGUUUUAAACUUAAUUUCCUGCAAUUCUACAUAUUUUUGCCAUGGGGCGUAAAGAAAAUGUUGCCGUUUUAAAUAUGAUGAUCAGUGGGCCCCACCCCAGUUAGUAAUUUGACUAGGUUUACUACAAGUUUAGACAGCUGGCCACGAGACUAACUGACCAAUGUAAAAACAUUUAGCUGACCUGGGCUUAUUGAGUGACUGCUGAUGCGGGUCCGCCAGUUGCCCAUCCCUCGUCUUACAGCAUUAUAAGAACUAUCCAACUUGUCCUGCAAAUGGACAUACUGCAACAGAAACCUUACGCCAUAUAUCAUAAUAGUUGCUCAGGCUGCUAAUAUAUGGCGAAUAUAUGGCGAUAACGCUAGGUAGAUAAGUGUGUGUAUAUAUAUAUAAUAAUGUAUUUGUGGAAAGGUACAUUUAAAUUCUGAAAAUGUGUUAAUUUAAGACUUUAUUAUCUAGUUUUUGGUUAGGUUGUACAUUACUGCUAGGAUGUGAAUGGUUCAGAUUAAGAAAAUUUUUAAAAUAUCGAAUCUGCUUUUAUACACUUGAUUUGUGUAUAUUUAGAAUUUCAUCAACUCAUGAUAAGGUGCCUCACCAAUGUAGCUGUGUAUAGUACUUGAGGGUGGCAGGUAGCCUAGCGCUUAAGAAUGUUGUGCUAGUGAGGUUGCUGGUUCAAAUACCCGAGCCGACUAGGUGGGGAAAAAAAGUCUGUCGAUGUGCUAUGCAUUUAACCCUAAUUGCUCUGGAUACGAGCGUCUGCUAAAAUGUACUGUUUAUUCGAGUAAAAACAUCUCAAACGUAAAAUUGUCGUGUUGGUCCAAAUUCUGAGAAAAAUAAAGACGUGAAACGCUAAUUGAACACUCAAAUGUUACCACCUCAAAAGAAAUAAAAAGUUUAGUGGUGAUCAUAGAUACGUCUUUCAAAUAAAUAUAUUGUACUUUUUUUGAUGAUGACUGUUCAUUUGUUUUAUGUUAAAGUUUGGGGGUCACUUAGAAAUGUCCUUGUUUUCCAUGAAAACAUACGUGAAAUGAGUUGCAAAAUGAAUAGGAAAUAUAGUCAAGAUGUUGAUAACGUUAUAAAUAAUGAUUUUUAAUGUAAAUAAUAAUU